AUGUCUGUCAGAGUUCUGGUCAUUGGUGGCGGAGGAAGAGAACAUGCUCUGGCUUGGAAACUUGCAAAGUCGCCGAUACUCGACCACAUAUAUGUCUGUCCCGGUAAUCCUGGAACAGCCCAGGAGCCGAAAACCUCAAAUGUAGAAAACAUAUCGCCUAACGAUUUCCCAAGCCUUGUCCAGUUUGCUCUAGAAAACAAGAUCAAUUUAGUGGUACCUGGUCCUGAACAGCCCUUGGUAGAUGGAGUAGAAGGCUACUUUCGCAAAGUUGGCAUCCCUGUGUUCGGCCCCAGCCAACUGGCUGCGAGAAUGGAAGGCUCAAAAUCCUUUUCAAAAGAUUUCAUGGCCCGUCAUAAUAUCCCAACGGCCAUAUUCAAAACUUUCCAGUCUUCGGAGAUCGAUGCAGCCAUCGAGUAUGUCAAGACAUGCGGACAUAAAGUUGUUUUGAAGGCCAGCGGACUUGCUGGAGGUAAAGGUGUACUGAUUCCCGAUAGUACGGAGGAGGCAAUCGCUGGACUCAAGGAGAUCAUGGUUGACAACGUUUUCGGGGAUGCCGGAAACGAAGUCGUUGUGGAGGAACUUUUAACAGGGCCGGAGAUAUCAGUUUUGGCGCUUUCCGAUGGUUAUUCCGUCGUCGCACUGCCGGCAGCUCAAGAUCAUAAACGUAUAGGAGAAGGAGACACUGGACUUAAUACAGGUGGCAUGGGCGCUUAUGCUCCAGCUCCAGUUGCGACACCUGAUGUGUUGCAGAGGAUUAUGACGGAGACAUUGCGCCCAACUAUCGACGGAAUGAGGAGAGAAGGCUUCCCAUUCAUGGGCAUGCUAUUUACUGGGUUUAUGCUCACAGAGUCUGGACCCAAAGUACUUGAAUACAAUGUACGGUUCGGAGAUCCCGAAACGGAGGCUCUUAUGCUUCUUCUGGAUGACGGCGUUGAUCUGGCGGCUCUGUUACUCGCAUGUGCCGAACACCGACUUGACUCUGUUCCAAUUAAGUUCAGAGAGGGUGCGGCAGUUACUGUCAUCCUCGCUUCAAAAGGAUACCCGGAGAAUUACGAAAAAGGAAAGACAAUCACUAUAUCGAGCAUCCCACCCAACGUUGUUAUCUUCCACGCUGGAACUAAAAAAUCUGGUGAAGAUAUCAUUACCUCUGGUGGACGUGUUCUUGCCAUCACUGCCUUCGCACCAACCCUGCAAGAAGCUUUAGAAGCUGCUUACAAAGGCGUUGAUGGUGUGUCUUUCGACGGCAAGACCUACCGACGCGAUAUUGGCCAUCGGGCAUUGACUUCAAAGUCAACCGGUCUGACUUACGCUCAGGCUGGGGUUUCAGUAGAUGCUGGUAAUGCUCUUGUUGACGCCAUUAAACCCCUCGUACGUGCCACGUCGAGACCUGGCGCUGAUGUUGAAAUCGGUGGCUUCGGUGGAGUGUUUGAUCUUAAAGCAACAGGGUUUGUGGAUCCCGUUCUAGUGAGCGGCACAGAUGGCGUUGGCACAAAGUUAAGAUUAGCAGUGGAUGUCGGGGUUCAUGAUCUCGUUGGCAUAGACUUGGUAGCCAUGUCGGUCAACGACCUCCUCGUGCAAGGUGCCGAGCCACUGUACUUCCUGGAUUACUACGGUUGUAGUAAGCUGGACGUCCCAAUCGCAACACAAGUAGUAACAGGUAUCGCCGAAGGAUGCAAACAGGCUGGAUGUGCCCUCAUUGGAGGAGAGACAGCUGAAAUGCCUGGCAUGUACCAAGAAGGCGACUAUGAUCUUGCCGGAUUUGCCGUGGGAGCCGUGGAGAGAAACCUGAUUCUUCCUCGUCCAGACAUUAAAGCAGGCGACAUCGUGCUUGGCGUUGCCUCAUCUGGUGUGCAUUCAAACGGCUUUUCGCUGAUUAGAAAAAUUGUGGCCAUGUCAGGUCUGACAUACUCGUCACCUUGUCCAUGGGACCCAAGCACAGAGUUGGGCAGAGCACUUCUCACCCCCACGCAGAUUUACAUUUCCCAAAUCCUUCCUGUCGCAAAGCGCGGCCUCCUGAAGGGCAUGUCACAUAUCACUGGGGGAGGCUUCAUCGAAAAUAUCCCUCGAGUGCUGCCGAAAAAUUUAGGUUGCUUUAUUGACGCAUCAACAUGGCAAUAUCCUCCUGUAUUCCGUUUCUUGAUGAAGACAGGCAACGUCGACCCUCUCGAAAUGGCCAGAACAUUCAAUAACGGCAUUGGUAUGGUUCUUAUUGUUGAUCCCACUAACGUCGAUGAGGUCAUGGAUGCUCUUAAAACGGGGCCUUCUGCGGUAUACAAAAUUGGAGAAGUUACAACUAAACCGGGAGUGGAGAUGAGGAAUGUAUUGACAUGGGCUGCAUGA